AUGAGUGAGGAUCUUCCGCACAUAAAAGCAACAUCAGGCAAGAUCCUCUUCUUCAGCAUCCCAAAACAACAACAGGACUAUCAGCGAGUCUCCAGUGAAAAAGAAAACAAAUGCUACCCACGACUAUUCCAGAUACAUCCUAAGUACUGUUUGGUGGAUUUUGGGGGAGCAAAAGAGAAAAGAGAGAGAGAAGUGGUCAUGAUGACUGAUCCAAACAGCUCUAAUCACCUGGUAGACUUCCACGAGUUCUACUACGAAGAAUUCAACGAUACAGAUUUCAGCAACUUCACGUUUGUUCCCGACGAGAAGACAAUCCCCUGUUCCUCCAUCACAAUGGCAUCCGCUGUCAACAUUUCAUUCAGCGUCUUCUACGUUUUCAUCUUCCUGUUGGCUAUCCCCGGGAAUGUGAUUGUCGGCUGGGUCAUCGGCUCCAACCGGCGCUUGCUGUCGGCAUCAGAUGUCUACUUAUUCAACCUGAUGCUAGCCGAUACACUACUAGCGCUAAUUCUGCCCUUUUCUGCAGUCAACGUCAUCCACGGUUGGGUCUUCGGCAAUGUCGCGUGCAAGCUAGUUUCAUUAGUAAAGGAAGUCAACUUUUACACUAGCAUUUUAUUUUUAGUGUGCAUCAGCGUGGAUCGCUAUAUGGUGAUCGUACGCGCUAUGGAGUCCCAGAAGGCCCAAAGAAGACUCUGCAGUGGAGUCGCGUGCGGAUUAGUUUGGGUUUUGGGUUUAGUGCUCUCACUGCCGUCAUUCUACAACGAGGCGUUUUUCGAUAAACGAAUGUUCAAUCAGACUAUUUGCGCUGAACGAUUUGAGACUGAUCACGCAGACGAAUGGCGAUUAGCAACCCGAAUAAUGAGGCACGUGCUAGGUUUUGCGCUCCCCCUAGUGGUCAUGUUGAGCUGCUACAGCGUGACGGUUGUACGGCUUUUACGUACUCGCUGUUUCCAAAAACAGAGAGCUAUGAAGGUGAUCGUAGCCGUGGUUGUGGCCUUUUUAGUCUGCUGGACUCCUUUCCACGUUUCCACCAUAAUUGACACCAUCCUGAGGGCCAAAGUGGUUCAGUUCGGCUGCACUAUGAGGACAUCGGUGGAAGUCGCCAUGUUUGCAACUCAAAAUCUCGGGCUUCUGCACUGCUGCGUGAACCCGGUGCUGUACGCAUUCGUCGGAGAGAAGUUCAGACGGAGGUUUCUGCAGUUGCUCCACAGGAAGGGAGUUCUGGAGCGGUUCUCGCUUUCUAAAUCCAGCAAGUCAUCUUCUCUGACCUCAGAGGUCCCUUCGAGCUUUCUGUGAACUGCAGCCAUAUCAAAGUCCCUUUCAAAGAAAGUCUGUUUAAUCCAUGUUUGCAAUGCAUUCAAGCAUUUCAUCCAAGUCCUAUUUAAAUAAAUAAGGGAAUCCUGAAAUCUUGAAAACUGCUUGCCAUUAAAUUUCCUAUUUGAAAUCAACAACUAAAUCUAAAGAGACAACACAAUCUCACGGCAAUUCGUAACUUUUUCAU